AUGAGCCGCGUGGACUGGAAGGUCCGUUACCACCACUUCAAGCACAGCGUGCCCACCUUUUGUUCGCCCUUUAGUGGCCGGGAGAUCACAUCGGUGGCACAUCCUGAUGAGGUUGCUUACCUCCGAUGCCGGCUUUGUACAGAUGUCGUCGCUGAGGGAUGCAGCCAGGGAGUCUAUCUCGAGGUGGAGGUCGCGAGCAACUCAGACAACCUCAGCAUGGCUGUGGUUGACUUUGAGGCAGGCGGUUGCAGUAGUGUCACCUUCAGUCCAGACACAGGCGCCGUCAUCCGGGAACGCAAGGUAAGGGAAGCUCCGCGGAAGGUGGAAGGCGCAUAUAUUCAGCCCUUGCCCACGGUCACGACGGGCCGUCCAUUCCAUGGGCUCAUGGGUCUCUACCUCUACCAAGACCGCCUGGCUUUUUUCAGGAGGCAUUUGUGCUUGCAGGCCCGCAACAGAACAAUCCCAGCAUGCGGAGAUGUCGGGAUGUCACGACAGGACGCCAGCUGGGCCCCUGGGAGACGACGGGCUUUGUGUCGGAUCUUGAUUGGGCUGAGGGCAGACGCUUGA